AUGGCCGACCAAGAGCUGAUCAAAGCUACCUUUAGGGUCGAGCUGGUCACACAUUCAAGAGCCGCACGACCUGUCCCUCUGUCACCAUCUGUCCCUCAGUCCCACGUCCCUCAGUCACCAACCUGUCCCUCAGUCACCAGCCUGUCCUCUGUCACCAUCGUCCCUCAGUCACCAACCUGUCCCUCAGUCACCAGCCUGUCCCUCAGUCAGCCCCGUCCUCUGUCCGUCUGUCCCUCAGUCCCAGCCCGUCCUCAGUCACCAACCUCUGUCACCAGCCUGUCCCUCAGUCACCACCCGGUGUCCCUCGUCACCAGUCACCAGCCUGCCUCAGUCACCAGCCUGUCCUCAGCAGCCGUCCUCUGUCACCAACCUCUGUCACCAGCCUGUCCUCAGUCACCAUCCGGUGUCCUCGGUCACAACUCGUCCCUCAGUCACCAGCCUGUCCCUCAGUCACCAGCCUGUCCCUCAGUCACCACCCUGUCCCUCAGUCACCAACCCGUCCUCAGUCACCAGUCCGUCCCUCAGUCACCAGCCUGUCCCUCAGUUACCAACCCGUCCCUCAGUCACCAGCCCGUCCUCAGUCACCAGCCUGUCCCUCAGUCCAACCCGUCCCUCAGUCCCAGCCUGUCCCUCAGUCACAGCCUGUCCCUGUCACCAGCCGUCCCUCAGCACCAGUCCGUCCCUCAGUCACCAGCCUGUCCCUCAGUUACCAGCCUGUCCUCAGUCACCAACCCGUCCCUAAGUCACCAGCCUGUCCCUCAGUCACCAGCCUGUCCCUCAGUUACCAGCCCGUCCCUCAGUCACCACCUGUCCCUCAGUCACCAUGUCCCUCAGUCACCAACCUCUGUCACCAGCCCGUCCCUAAGUCACCAGCCUGUCCCUCAGUCACCAACCUGUCCCUCAGUCACCAGCCUGUCCCUCAGUUACCUGUCCCUGUCACCAGCCGUCCUAAGUCACCAGUAUGUCCUCAGUUACCAACCGUCCCUCUGUCACCAGCCCGUCCCUAAGUCACCAGCCCGUCCCUCAGUCACCAGCCUGACCCUCAGUUACCAACCUGUCUCUGUCACCAGCCGUCCCUCAGUCACUGCCCGUCCCUCAGUCACCAGCCCGUCCCUCAGUCACCAGCCUGUCCCUCAGUUACCAACCUGUCCUGUCACCAGCCCGUCCCUAAGUCACCAGCCUGUCCCUCAGUUACCAACCGUCCCUCAGUCACCAACCCGUCCCUCAGUCACCACGUCCCUCAGUCACCAGCCCGUCCUAAGUCACCAGCCUGUCCCUCAGUUACCAACCUGUCCCUGUCACCAGCCCGUCCCUCAGUCACCAGCCCGUCCCUCUGUCACCAGCCUGUCCCUCAGUCACCAGCCUGUCCCUCAGUUACCAACCGUCCCUCAGUCACCAGCCCGUCCCUCAGUUACCAACCCGUCCCUCAGUCACCAGCCCGUUCCUCAGUCACCAGCCUGUCCUCAGUUACCACCCGUCCCUCAGUCACCAGCCUGUCCCUCAGUUACCAACCCGUCCUCAGUCACCAACCUGUCCCUCAGUCACCAGCCGUCCUCAGUCACCAGCCCGUCCCUCAGUCACCAACCUGUCCCUCAGUCACCAGCCGUCCCUCAGUCACCAACCUGUCCUGUCACCAGCUCCCUAAGUCACCAGCCUGUCCCUCAGUUACCAACCCGUCCCUCAGUCACCAACCCGUCCCUCAGUCACCAGCCCGUCCCUCAGUCACCAGCCCGUCCCUCAGUCACCAACGUCCCUGUCACGCCCUUCCCAGUCACCAACUGUCCUCAGUCACCAACCCGUCCCUCAGUCACCAGCCUGUCCCUCAGUCACCAACCUGUCCUCAGUCACCAACCCGUCCCUCAGUCACCAAACCGUCCCUCAGUCACCAGCCCGUCCCAGCCCCUCAGUCAACUGUCCCUCAGUCACCAACGUCCCUCAGUCACCAGCCCGUCCCUCAGUCCCCUCACCCUCCUCAGUCACCAGCCCGUCCCUCAGUCACCACCGUCCCUCAGUCACCAACCCGUCCCUCAGUCACCAGCCGUCCCUCCAGUCACCAACACGUCCCUAAUCACCAGCCUGUCCCUCAGUCACCAGCCGUCCCUAAGUCACCAGCCUGUCCCUCAGUUACCAACCCGUCCCUCAGUCACCAGCCCGUCCCUCAGUCACCAACCCGUCCCUCAGUCACCAACCUGUCCCUCAGUUACCAACCCGUCCCUCAGUCCGUCCUCUGUCACCAACCUGUCCCUCAGUCACGAACCCGUCCUCAGUCACCAACCCGUCCCUCAGUCACCAACCUGUCCCUCAGUCACCAGCCCGUCCUCAGUUACCACCCGUCCUCAGUCACCAGCUCCCUCAGUCACCAACCUGUCCCUCAGUUACCAACCCGUCCUCAGUUACCAACCCGUCCUCAGUCUUAACCCGUCCUCAGUCACCAACCCGUCCCUCAGUUACCAACCCGUCCCUCAGUCACCAGCCUGUCCCUCAGUCACCAACCCGUCCCUCAGUUACCAGCCCGUCCCUCAGUCACAACCUGUCCCUCAGUCACCAACCCGUCCCUCAGUCACCAACUGUCCCUCAGUCACCAACCCGUCCCUCAGUCACCAACCUGUCCCUCAGUUACCAACCCAUCCCUCAGUUACCAACCGUCCCUCAGUCACCAGCCGUCCUCAGUCACCAACUGUCCCUGUCACCUCCCUCAGUCACCAACCUGUCCCUCAGUCACCAACCCGUCCUCAGUUGCAACCAUCCCUCAGUCACCAGCCUGUCCUCAGUCACCAACCCGUCCCUCAGUCACCAACCUGUCCUCAGUCCCAACCUGUCCCUCAGUCACCAACCUGUCCUGUCACCAGCCCGUCCCUCAGUCACCAGCCUGUCCCUCAGUUACCAACCCGUCCCUCAGUCACCAACCCGUCCCUCAGUCACCAGCCUGUCCUGUACAGCCCGUCCCUCAGUCACCAGCCUGUCCCUCAGUUACCAACCCGUCCUCAGUCACCAGCCCGUCCCUGUCACCAGCCCGUCCCUCAGUCAUAG